AUGCACAUCGGCGGGUCAAUCCUCAUGAUAGACAGUAUUGCAGAAGGGACGCUCCAGAUACCGUCACCGCAGAUCAAACCCGAAGCAACCGCACCUGAAAAGUCCUCCGACUCCUUGCGGUUAAUCUUCUCCCAGACAAACAGGAUGACUGUCCCGACAAACAUGUCAAUCGCAAAAUACGCUCCAAUGUAG